GCAACGUCUUCUAGAGACCCAGCAUAUUCCAUCGAAUCAUAUUAUUAGCAGUACAACAAUAUCGUUGAAGGCUAUACAACAUGAAAUUGCAAUUAGUUGCCACUCUGGCAAUUUUUGCUUGUGUGGUCGUAUUGACUGCAUCGGCACCCAACAUUGAAGGUUUGAGGAAAAAGAAGUCCACCACAACCAAGGCCCCUAAAACCUCAACAACAACUGCAGCUUCUUCAACCACUGAUGGCACCACUGAUGAACCAGCUCUCCCACAAUUCGAAGGAUUUAGGAGAAGGAAGAAGACUAGCACAACCUCCGCCCCCACAACCGACGCCAGCUCGACCUCUGACCCCAUCGACGAGAGCGCUCUUCCACAAUUUGAGGGCUUGAAGAGGAAGAAGAAGAAGAGCACGACCACAGCUGCUCCCACAACCGACGCCAGCUCGACCUCUGACCCCAUCGACGAGGGAGCUCUUCCACAGUUCGAGGGCUUGAAGAGAAAGAAGAAGAAGAGCACGACCACAGCUGCUCCCACAACCGACGCCAGCUCGACCUCUGACCCCAUCGACGAGGGAGCUCUUCCACAGUUCGAGGGCUUGAAGAGAAAGAAGAAGAAGAGCACGACCACAGCUGCUCCCACAACCGACGCCAGCUCGACCUCUGACCCCAUCGACGAGGGAGCUCUUCCACAGUUCGAGGGCUUGAAGAGGAAGAAGAAGAAGAGCACGACCACAGCUGCUCCCACAACCGACGCCAGCUCGACCUCUGACCCCAUCGACGAGGGAGCUCUUCCACAGUUCGAGGGCUUGAAGAGGAAGAAGAAGAAGAGCACGACCACAGCUGCUCCCACAACCGACGCCAGCUCGACCUCUGACCCCAUCGACGAGGGAGCUCUUCCACAGUUCGAGGGUUUGAAGAGGAAGAAGAAGAAGAGCACGACCACCGCUGCUCCCACAACCUCAGAUGAGCCCAGCACUACAGAAGUACCCAUUGCAUAAGUUUCUCGUAGUAUUUGGAAAAUUAAGCAAUAAACAUUCCAUGCAAAUAAAUUUGCCGACAUAAUUCUUCUUUAA